UUCCCUCUAUAUAUAGUAAUUCCACAUGUGUUUUACACAAACAAAAACAAAGUUAAGAGAUCAAAAUCAGAGUAAUGGCAGCUGAAGAUAAUGAUGUUAUUCCUUUGCUCACCCCAUACAAAAUGGGAGAAUUCGCCCUCUCCCACAGAAUAGUAUUAGCACCAUUAACCCGGGAUCGGUCAUACAACAACAUUCCACAGCCACAUGCCGCCUUGUACUACUCUCAGCGAGCAACCAAAGGCGGCCUCCUUAUCACUGAAACAACCGGUGUCUCGGACACUGCUCAAGGGUACCCUGAUACACCUGGAAUUUGGACAAAGGAGCAAGUCGAGGCAUGGAAACCUAUAGUCGAUGCAGUUCAUCAAAAGGGUGCCGUUUUCUUCGUGCAGUUGGUGCACGUUGGCCGUGUCUCUACUCAUGAUUAUCAGCCUGAUGGCAAAGCACCACUCUCAUCAACAGACAAAGGAGUGACCCCUGGCCUAUUUGGAGUAGAUUGGUCUCCUCCUAGACAACUAACCACCGAUGAAAUCCGUGGCAUUGUCAAUGAUUUCAGGCUCGCUGCACGCAACGCCAUCGAAGCAGGAUUUGAUGGAGUCGAGAUACAUGGCGCCAACGGCUACUUGAUCGAGCAGUUCAUGAAGGAUCAAGUCAAUGACAGGACAGACGAAUAUGGCGGGAGCCUAGAGAACAGGUGUCGCUUCGCUCUGGAAGUGGCGGAAGCAAUGAUCGACGAGAUAGGCGCGGAAAGAGUUGGGGUGAGACUGUCUCCGUAUUCAGAUUUCAACGAGGCAGGGGACUCUGAUCCGGACAGGCUUGGCCUCUACAUGGCCAAUGCACUCAGCAAGCUGGACCUCGUGUACCUGCACGCGAUCGAGCCACGAGCUGUUGGUCCAACGGUGAUCGAAGGGUGCGCGGAGGGUCAGCUCCUCCCCAUGAGGAAGGCAUUUAAAAACACCUUCAUCAUUGCUGGCGGCUUCGAUAGGACUACGGGGAACGAAGUUGUGACUGGAGAUGGCGCGGAUUUGGUAGCGUACGGUCGCCUGUUCCUGGCGAAUCCGGAUUUGCCAACGAGGUUCCGCUUGGAUGCUCCGCUCAACAAGUAUGACAGGAACACAUUCUACACUUCUGAUCCUGUUGUUGGCUAUACUGACUAUCCAUUUCUUCAACAAGCAUAGCUUCUAUUUUUGGACUGUUCAAUAAAGGAUUAUUUUGGGAAAAUAUGUUGCGCAUGUGUUGUACCAGUGAGGAUCAUCUACGACUUUUCCUGCACCAUCCCCUAUUCCACCCCUCACAAACAUCACAAGAAAGAUGGUCCCUUUCUUGAGCGGCACGAGCUUUAUUUUAUUUGUGAAGUGAAAAGAGUUAAGUAAAAGAAAGAAUAAAAUAGAGAGAAAUGUAUUUCCAUUUUUCAGUAAUGAGGCAUUUUCGUUAGGACCAAAAAGAAAGUAGAUCAUCUUUAAUUGGACGGAGGGAGUAGUUCUUCAAAUGAAUUUUGUGAUUUACUAUAAAUGCUGCGUUUCGCAAAAUUACAAUUUG